UAGAUUGCUUCUCUCGCUGGCUCAGAAUAUAUGUCCACCGAAUUUUAUUUCGCAUAAGAAAUUUUCUUGAAAUUUUGCUUCGGUUUUGAUUAGUUCGAUUACGAUGCAAGAAUCCGCGAUACAACCGCCCAGAAAUUGUGGUCUCGCUAAAGAUUCUCCCUCUUCCUCUUCUUCUUCUUCAUCCACUCCUCCUCCUGCUUGCUCUUCUUCUUCUUCUCAGGUUAAAGAAGACUCUAUUGAAGAAGAUGUCUCCGGAUCUCAACAAAAUGGAAGCCAAUCAGAUGUUUCGAUCCAAAUACCCCCAAAACCUAUGCCGAGUUUAGGAAUCUUGAGAAAUCUAAGCCUGAAACGGAAAGCUUCUCUACCAAACUAUGAGAGGAGAUUGCUACUUAGUCCCAGCAUUACAGAAACCACUGAAUUGCCUAGCUCCACUACUUCGCCUUAUUGGAAAAGAUGUUUGUCACUUCCUUCCACAAAUGCUGCUAAGCUGUCUCUGGUUACGUCUACACCGCCUGUUUCAGCUCUGGUGCACAGUGAACAACCUAGAUCUAAUAAUGAUGGUGUUGAUCCUUCAGUUUCAAGAUCUUUGUCCAUGCCGGGGAGAAACAAAGUGAUUGUACGAUCUGUCUCUUUUAACAACAACAAAGAUUACAUCUCGAGCGAAGCAAGUGGUGCAGAUCAAAUCACUCCGGUUCCUGCAGAAGAAACAGAAGAAGAAAUCCCUGAAGAAGAAGCGGUGUGCAGGAUUUGUCUUGAUGUAUGCGAAGAAGGCAACACACUUAAAAUGGAAUGCAGUUGCAAAGGUGACCUCAGACUCGUUCAUGAACACUGUGCCAUUAAGUGGUUUAGUACAAAGGGAACGCGAAUCUGCGAUGUAUGCAGACAAGAAGUCCGAAACUUGCCGGUAAUUUUGCUUCGUGUCCCAACAAUCAAUCAACUUACCAAUAGACGGGAACUCGCUCAGCAGAAUCCACAGCCACAAACCAUUAGUGUUGGGCAAGAGUUUGUAGUGCUUGUACUCAUCAGCACAGUCUGCUACUUCUUCUUCCUUGAACAUUUGCUGAUUCGUGACUUGAAUUCCCAAGCUAUCUUUGUCGCAGCGCCAUUUUCAUUCACCUUAGCUCUCUUAGCCUCAACUUUUGCUGUCGUGCUCGCUAUCAGAGAAUACAUAUGGACAUACGCAGCUCUUGAGUUUGCACUAGUGGCCUUGCUUGUUCAUCUGCUAUAUGUUACAUUUGGUGUGCCGGUUAUCUAUUCAAUGCUUUUCGCUGGGAUUCUGGGUUUCGGGAUGGCAAUGUGCUUAAACUUGCUGUACAUUUGCUAUUCCUCUCGGCUUGGAAGGGUUUCACAGAACAGGAACUUAGUAUAAAGAAAGUCUCUUCCUUUUUUUAGUUUCUUCUGUUCUCCCUUAAAGCUUGUAUAUGAAAAGGACAAAUUGAUGAGUAGAUAGAUUCAUCUGAAACAGUAACACCUGUAAGAUGUAUGGAUUCUUUGUACGUUUUGUAUGAAGAAACAAAAGUUUUGAGGAAUUAUAAUGAAAAUGUGUGAAGAGACAAAA